CUCUUGAAGACACACACUCUCUCUCCCCCUCUACAAGUUCUAUUCUCUCUCUUUCUCAAACUCUUUGCUUUCUGUGUUUUUGAGCGAGAAACGAGAAUAGAAAGCGACAAUGGCUUACUCAAGCGUGGUGCUCGUGAUGAUGUUUGCUUUGGUGGCUGGAUCGGCUUUCGCUCAGUCUCCGGCAUCGUCACUGACUGCUUCUCCUACUAAGUCGCCAACGGCUUCUCCUCCGGUGGCCACUCCCCCAUCUCCAACACCUUCUCCAUCCACCACUCCUUCUGCCCCUGCUCCCGCCCCAUCCACCGUAUCACCACCAGCCUCUACUCCAUCUCCUACAUCGGCUUCUCCUCCCGCACCUCCAACGAGUCCUGCUUCGGCACCCACCACUGGUGCCUCACCGUCUCCUUCCAUCAGCACUCCUCCCUCAGAGCCUCCGUCUCCUAGCGCCGCCGCUUUGAACACGGUCACUUUUACCGGAUCUGCAGCCGCGGUCUUCCUUGGUGCUUUCUUGCUGCUCAAGAUCUGAUCUGCUCUUUUCUCCUUUGCCGGACUUGAAUAUUUUAGGGUUUAUUUAGUAGGAUUUUUUUUUUUUUUAGAUUUUCUUUUUGUUAUCUGAAUUUUUCGGCCAUGGUGACCAUUGAUGAUUUUAGUGGCUCUGUUUCACUGUUGAUUUAAUUCCUUUAUGAAUUCUUUUUUCUAUGAUUAAUUCCUAUAUUUUUU